CAAAGCUCUGCUAAUCAUUGAUAGCCUUACCUCCACGUUCCUUUUUCGAGUCACGAAAUCUCAAAGAUGUCUGGCAAAAAGUACGCGCUUCUUCCUAUGGAAGAAGAUGAGGUCGGCCCCGCCAAAGUCGUAGAAAAGAAGAAGGAAAAGCGACGUCACGGCGAGAAAUCUUCUUCAUCACGACGAGAGAAGCACCGAGACAGAAGUCGUGACCGUUCUCCACACCGCGAAUCAGAACACAGAUCCAAAACCAUUCGCAGACGAGAUGCAAACGAAGCAGACUUCGAGGACCGGUGGGGAGAUGAGGAAUAUGUUUCUGAGGAGGAGCCUGAGUUCCAGGAAUCGGCGCCGAAGAGGGUAAAGACUUCACACAGCGAUGAUGACGAUAUUGAUGACGAAGAGCGGGAGAGGAGGAAGGACCAGGCUGAGAAGGAAGCUUUCGCCAAACGGUUACGUGACAAGGACGCCGACAAGACCAAGAAAAUCGUCGAGGACCGUUCGUCAACAAAAGAGGGGAACAUUUUGGCCCAACGAAGAGCCCUGGCAGAAGAUGCUGCCGCAAGGAGCGCCGCUCUGCCCGACCUUCGAGAACGAUCCCGCCAAGAGUAUCUCAAGAAGAGAGAGGCGGAACGGUUAGCGUUGUUGCGGAAGCAAGUGGCAGAAGAGACUGAAGAACUGCGAAGUGGUGCACGACUUUCCGAGAAGGAGAAGGCGGAAUUCGCGAAGAAUCGGGAGGUUCUACGAAUUGCGGAAGAGAGGUUGCGGAUCGAUGAUCAUCUAGAUGGCUAUGCGAUGCCCGAAGAUUACAUUACGGAAAAGGGGAAAAUCGACAGAAAGAAAAAGGAAGAUGCCAUGUACAAGCGAUAUGUUGAAAAGGACGAGUAUGGACAGGAGAAGUUUGUAACCGAGCACGAGGAAUGGGAGAGGGAACAGGCCUCGAAGGCCAAGGCUCAGAUUCAAAGUACUGAAAGGACUGACCAAGGCGAAUAUGAUUACGUCUUAGAUGAAGAACAAGGGAUAAAAUGGGUUAUGGACUCGAGGUUACCUGGAGAAGGAAAAGGGAUGAGCAAGGAAGAAAGAUUCUUGGCAGCCCAGCUCGACGCUGCCGAGAAGAGAGCUCUGUCCAUGGAUGAGACGCGGAAGAGUUUGCCAAUAUACGCAUAUCGGGAUGAAUUACUUGCAGCUCUCGAGGAGUAUCAGAUUCUGGUUAUUGUCGGAGAAACUGGUUCGGGGAAGACGACACAGCUUCCACAGUACCUCCACGAAGCGGGCUAUACCAAGGGCGGGCUCAAAGUUGGCUGUACUCAACCCCGUCGAGUUGCUGCUAUGUCUGUGGCUGCUCGUGUUGCGGAUGAGAUGGGAGUGAAGCUUGGGAAUGAGGUCGGAUACGCCAUCCGAUUCGAGGACAAUACCUCCGAUAAAACAGUGCUCAAGUACAUGACCGAUGGUAUGCUGUUACGAGAGUUCAUGACGGAGCCGGACCUCGGGGGCUACUCUGCCAUUAUCAUCGACGAGGCUCACGAGCGAGGAGUCAACACCGAUAUCCUCUUAGCUCUUCUCAAAGAUUUGGCCCGAGAACGUCCAGAGCUCAAAGUGUUAAUAUCGUCUGCAACAAUGAAUGCAAAGGGCUUCUCGGACUACUUUGACGGUGCUAACAUUUUCAAUAUUCCUGGCCGCCGCUAUCCAGGCAAGUUUUCCGUUCCAUUUCAGAAAAUAAGCAUACUAAUCCUUUCACAGUGGACAUUCACUACACACCACAGCCCGAAGCCAACUACCUCGCCGCAGCUAUCACCACGAUCUUCCAGAUCCACACUUCACAGCCGAAAGGCGACAUUUUGGUCUUUCUAACGGGCCAGGACGAAAUCGACUCGGCAGAACAAAAUAUCACCGAAAUUGCACGGAAACUUGGAUCCCGUGUUCCAGAGCUCGUUAUUUGUCCAAUUUAUGCUAACCUCCCAUCCGAGCUGCAGAGCAAGAUCUUCG